AUGGCAGCCUCCAACCUCUUCAUUGUUGUCGUAGUACUGAUUUAUAUGGUCUCUCUCAACACUUACAGAAGCGCCGCCGCCGCCGCCACCUCGGCAACACCACCACCACUACCAAAGUUUCCAGCCAUUAUCGUCUUUGGUGAUUCAACUGUAGAUGCAGGCAACAACAACUAUAUAAAAACAUUGGCUAAAGCUGACAUGCCUCCCUACGGCGAAAACUUUCCCGGCCAUGUUCCAACGGGGAGGUUUUCCGAUGGGAAACUUGUUACCGAUAUCAUCGCAUCGAUGCUAAGGAUCAAAGACGAAGUGCCGCCGUUUCUAAAGCCAAAUCUGUCGGAAAACGAGCUGCAAACAGGCGUGUGCUUUGCCUCAGCUGCAACAGGAUAUGAUGAUUUAGUUACAAAGUUAUUCAAUGUGAUUCCAUUGUCGGAGCAAGUUGAGAUGUUCAAGAGUUAUAUAGACAAGCUGAAGGGAAUUGUAGGUGAAGAUAAGGCGAAGAACAUCAUCGGUGAAGCUCUGGUAAUAAUCAGUACAGGAAGUAAUGAUUUUCUCUUCAAUUUCUUAAAUAUUCCGAUUAGACGACUGGAGUUCGACAGCGUUGGAUACCAACGUUUUCUGCUUCAAAAACUUGAAGAUUUUCUCCAGAAGCUAUAUGAACUUGGAUGCCGGAAAAUGGUGAUAGCCGGGCUACCUCCGAUAGGUUGCUUACCAGUUCAAAUGACGAUCAAAUUUGAGCUUCAAACAAAUAGAGAAUGCUUGGAAGACCAAAACGACGACGCUCAAUCUUAUAACAACAACCUUGCCCAACUCUUACCUCAAUUACAGGCAAAGCUUCCGAUGAGCAAAAUUGUAUAUGCAGACAUUUAUGAGCCACUGCUCGACAUGAUUAAUCAUCCUCAACAAUAUGGGUUUGUAGAAACAAAGAGAGGGUGUUGCGGCAGUGGACUGGUGGAAGUUUCAUUUAUGUGUAAUCCAUCGAGUCCAGUAUGUUCAAAUUCUUCGCAGUUUUUAUUUUGGGAUAGUGUCCAUCCCACGCAACAAGCUUACAUUUACCUUGCGGAUUACAUGGUCAACUCAGUUCUUCCUCAAUUAUUGCAUGUAUGAAACAUAUA